AUGACAGCAACUAGUUCUCUGCCAUCAACUGGAAGCACCCGAACAGGCUCAACAUCUUCAAUUUCAACUACAAACUCUUCCUACAAAUCUCGCCAACCUCGCAACUCUAUAGUCGAACAGGAGUCAAUUUAUGAUGAAUACAACAUUGUUUGUGAACAAUUUCUUUCUGUAAAUGUUGGCACUUUACACCAACAACAACAAAAUUCUUAUAACAAUUAUUCAAGUGGGACUAAUUUUAGUGCAACUCGUGCUUGGAUUGAUGGGAAGGAAUGGGAAUUCUCCGUUAUAACAAAGAAUAAUCAGCACAUACUUAGACUGACACUAUUAGAGCUGGAUUGGCACUGUGUUUCUGUAGAUGCCGAAGUUUGUUUUUGGCAGUGGCACAGAGGGAAACAAAUACAGAUUUUACAAAGAGGCGCAAAAUGCUUCCAACAGCCUGAAAGUUAUGUUCAAUUCCAGCCUAAUACUGGCAAUAAUUACAGUAGUAAUUGCCCUUCCGACGGGCAUUUUUACGUUCUUAUACGCUUGCUAGAACGUCGUCAACGCUUAGAAAACUUUGGGAAUAUCCCCGUUGAUGAAUCAGAAUGCAUUAAUCUUACAGUUGGCACCGAUUCCUUCACCGUUUCAAAGCACUAUUUAAUGUCCCUCUCUCCUGUCUUUCAAAAAAUGUUUAAUAAUGCUGAACAGGACGAACAGGAAGGGGAACAUAGGGAAGAAGAACACCAACAAAAAGAGGUGUUGGUGGAUGAGGCGAGUCCUGAAGCAAUGAAACAAUUUUUGGAAGCUAUUUCGCCAAAGCAAAUACAUCCAAAUCCCAACAAUGUCUAUCAACUACUCAAACUCGCAAACCGAUUCCAAGUCGAUUUUCUUCGUAAAAAAUGUGAGGCACACCUAAUCCAUUGUGUUGAGAUGCCUCUAAUGGAAAGAUUAAUUUAUGCAGAUGCUUAUCAUUUGGAUAAAUUGAAGAAUUAUAUCCUCAAAAGUUUGAGUGGCGCAGGUCUAAGAGAAUUUUACGAUGAGAAUCAGUCAGCAAUGCAUUUGUUGGGUAUGGAAUUGUUAAUUCAACUGACACAAAGGAUAUGUUCAAGUGUAAAAAGGAUGGAACGGAUCUCUCUCUGUCAGAAUUGUCAGAAGAAUGUAGUUCGAGAAUGA